CAUGCGCGUGGUAGGCUGCGGGUAACACCUCGAUCGGUCGGACGGACGAACGGAAUUGCGAACCAGUAGUGGCUGCAGCUGCAAACCAGUUACACACCGCACUUAAUAGGAAAUUGGAUGUUAAUUUACUUUAUCUACUAGUCAUCAAUAUAGAGUCAUUUAGAACCAAUCAACAGGCUCAUUUAAAUACAAGAAACAUCAACGGAAGUGUUGUAACAAGUGCUUUUUGUUGCUGUAUUUAUCAUUUGAAAUGUUCUGCGUGUGCCGGUAUUGUGCGAUACGAUUAAUCGACCGAACAUAAAUUGAAAUAAUCGAACGAGCCGACUCGAAUAGUUAUGUUUCAUCGUGCCAGUUGUCAGUGAUAUUUCGUCUACACGACAAAUCAUAUGCAGUGAAUAAAUGGGGAUUUUAAAUUGCACUUAAUUGAAGAAAUGUGCCUCAGCAUUUGGGGAGUACUUGGCAAGAGACGAGCCGCGGACUUGAGUUCAUGUCUUCGCGGCUAGGUGAGCCACUCCUGCCGCCAACUGGUCCUCUCUUCCCUCGCGCUAGAAUGCCAGCCAGCAGUCGCACUGGCCAUGAAGACGUAAGCCUGCAGGCAAGACAUGACGUGAUGAAGUUACUGUUGAAGACACGUCUGUUCUAACAAGCACAUCUCUUAUCUCUCGUUUACACAAGGGCAGCCUCCGCGAUACGCAGAACAGAGGCGAGUACUCCUACACUCUGAUGAGGACGUUGUGACUCACAUUUCGCGUCUGUUGCUGGCAUCGCCUCUUGAUCCAUUGAUGAUGUCGGGAAGUACUUCGUAUUAAAGAGUGCCGUGUGAAAGACCAAAUGUGAAGGGAGCACAACUGAAAUAAGUUAAUAAGUGUGAAGUAAUACAUUUUACAUAAUUUAUUGAAGUGACCUGUUGACGCGAGGGGACGCUAUGGAUAUGACAGCAAGCGAGAACGGGCACCACCAUCAUCACCACAGGUGGUACGAAACUCCGUCGCGUCUGGGAGUAGUUGAUCACCACCAAUCAUCAUCGCCGUCUGCAGCUUCCAACGGCCAGUCUAGCAAUAUGGGCGCCGGCAGUCUCGACCCUAACAGUCUCUUGGGCGCCACCAGUAGCGGUGCUUCAACCGCGGGCGACCAUCAGGCGGAUAUGACGGCGUCUGCAGUAGCGGAACACAUGUCCUCGUUUUUCGCAGCCCAUCAUCCGGGUCUGGCGGCAGUGGCGGCGGAGGGCACCGGGACGCACCACCACCGUGCGGCUGCACGCUACUACCACCCGCAGAUGCACCACUCGCCGUACGCAGCGUCGGCGGCGGCGUCACAUGCAGCUGCCGCCGCGCGGAUGUCCGCCGGAAGUCAAGUGUGCCGGCCUCACUUCCACCACACGCCAUUGCACCCGUGGCUGACCGACACCACCAAGACCAUGGUGGGCCACGGUUCCGCCUGGUGCAGUCCUUUUGGCACCGGUUCCAGUGGCAGCAGCGGUACCACCAGCAACUCCACAGACGAGAAGCCUCCUUCCCUCUCCCCCGCCAGCACUUCCCACCACUCCACAAGCGCGGCGGCACACCAUCUCUUCAGCUUCCCACCCACACCCCCUAAGGACGCCACCCCCGACUCUGUGACGGCUGCCAGCACGGCUCUCACGAGCUCGGCUGCUGCGACUUCUUCGGCGACUUCUGCCUCCGUGGAUUACCAGAACGCCGCAGCAGCUGUCGCGCAUGCGGCAGCAAUGGGCGUCGCCUUCAUGCACCACCAGGACACCACGGGGUCGAGCCUGUGUGGCAGCAACAACAGCUCUCUCGACAUCAAACCGGGCGUCAAUAUGCUGAACAGCUCUGUCUCCGCGGCGGGGACUUGCCCCGGGGGAGCCAAUGCCUCUGGCGGCGUCAAGCAGAGAGAAGGUACAUCGUCCACGGCUUCGAAUAAUAGUUCCGCUUUUUCUACAUCAUCUUCCGCCGCGUCUCCUGCGGAAGCGUCUCCAAGAGACUCGGCGUCCUCUCAGCACCUGAGUGUGCCCCAGCAGCUCCACAGUUCCUCCUCCGCCCUCCACCCACAGCCAUCGCAUGGCAUGAGUAGUCAGUCGCAUCAUUACCCUCCGCCGCCACCCCUGCAGCCAUCCCCCUAUCACCACGACACCGGAAGUGGAUCCACCCCGUCGUAUAUGAGUUAUCCUUCCCAUCACCUGAAUCACCAUCACCUGAACCACCACGGUAUGUCCCACCAUCAUCACCCUGCCGCCAUGUUUAGCACCAAGUCUCUGUCGGGGCACCACCAGAUGGUGUCCGGAUCUCCGGGUGUCGCUGGAGCAGGUUCCGGGGCCGCGAACUCGAAAACGUCCAGAACGAAAUCCAGGUCGAGCGCCGAGGGAAGAGAAUGCGUCAAUUGCGGGGCGACGUCGACGCCGCUAUGGCGUCGGGACGGCACGGGACACUACUUGUGCAACGCUUGUGGCCUGUACUACAAGAUGAACGGGCAGAAUAGGCCACUCAUCAAGCCAAAGAGACGGUUGUCGUUGCAGUCGGCGGCGAGGCGGGCGGGCACCAGUUGCGCCAACUGCAAGACGACGACCACGACGCUAUGGCGCCGGAACCAAAAUGGAGAGCCGGUUUGCAACGCAUGCGGUCUAUACUACAAACUGCACAAUGUGAACCGACCACUAACCAUGAAGAAGGAGGGAAUCCAGACCCGGAACCGGAAGCUCUCCUCCAAGUCCAAGAAGAAGAAGGGCGGAGUUCCGGGCUCAUGCCUGUCUCUAGGAGGAGUCAUGUCUGACAUGAUCAAGCCCCUGGAUCCCACAGGAAAAUCCGGGGGGUUUGGAACAGGAGCUGGGGGUUUCGGCUCGCCGAUGGGUGGUGGCGCUAAUGUACACCCCCACCUGCACCCGCAUCACGCUGCCAUGUCACACUACAUGUAUCACAACACUCACCACCAAGGGUUCAUGAACCCUGGUCCCCCGGGGCCUGUCCCCCCUCCAGGACCGCCACCCCAUCACGGUAUGCACCACCAUCACAUGACGUCGUUAUCAGCUCUCGGAUCAGGCGGUCUGGGACUUGCGGCGACGUCGAACGGAAUGACGAGCUGGAGGUCAGAGUACACGUGAUAAUUCUCCUGCGUCCCAGCCGCCAGCCUAUGUGCAGCGACAGUCACAUUUUUGUCUCCAUGAAUGUGGCGGCAGCCAUUUUGUUCUGGACAGUGUUCGUGAAGCAGCAACAGAUUCCCUGUUCGAAAUUACAGGAGCUCGAACAAGUACAAAAAAUACAGUGUGUGUGCGUGAAUGUUGUAAAUAACUGUCCCCUGAGAGACUGCAGAACUAGUUUCACAGUCACUUCAAAUGAGCGGUAGAUGAGGCAACAAAGUUUACAUGCGUGUGAGUAUGUGCAUACGUGUGAAUGUGGAUUUUUUCUUAACUUCUCUGGAACUCGAAUUGUUCUGCUUAGGGAUCGAGAUCCAGCAAAAUUUGUAGUAUUCAUUAUAGAUUUGUUAUUAUUUUAAUUAUUAUAUUUUUUACUGUUUUCCAACGAAAGGAAAUAAGCACCCACUUUUUUGAAGGUUCCAACAGUGAAAGGCCCACCCUUUAUAGAUUAUACAAGACUGGCCAAAACACCCUUUCGCUGUUACAAACGCAUUAUCCCAAUUAUCUCACAUUUCCUUUGCCUUUGUUGUGUCUUUUAUUUUGGUUACAUCCAGAAUCCCUGAACUGCAGUAUCACUUGAGCAGUAGGUCUCCCAAUAUGUGUAACAGUCUCUAUAUCACAAAUGAAGAAUUAUUUUUAGAGUGGAUCUUCAGAAGCGUUCAGAUUUUCGACAGGACUAUGGUAAGAUAGCAUGAAGUGAUCAAUAUUCUGUUUGAAGCAGUAGCACACACACCAUCAAGAUAGUACCCAGUUUACUAUAUCAUUUUCAUCUGUAACAUCACCAUAUAUAUCAGUUAAUUUCUUGCCCACAUUCUAAAGAGCAUGGUGAAUAUAUUUUAGCCUUCAAGCCGGUCACUGUAGCCGCGCGGACACUGGUCUCGUGGGUAACAUUUUCCGGCUUCUCAAUCAUUUACGUCUGCCUGUUACACUAGUUCUUAUUUGGUUUUUUCUUGUACUCAUGUUGCUUGCGUUUUACUGACUUUAAUAUUUAGUUCAUAGUUACAUAAAUAUUUGUACCGUUAAUGGUUACAUCUUCGAUUUGCCCACAUUUUCCUAUUAAAAGACAAAUACUUAAGUUUACUUUCACUUUCAAAGCAUUCAAAUAGAAGAACAAUUAAAAAUAUCAUUGCAAAGUAACCACCCAUUAGCCAGCAAUGCACUUUCAUUUAGCGCAAACAGACUAUGUUCACAAAAGUAUGCCAUGCGAACUGAAUAUGUAUCGAUUAAUAUAUUUCUGACAUAAUUUUGUAACAACUCUUGGAUCGACAGAUCGAUAAGUGAUAUGUUUGCCUGUUUCAUACUCACAUUCACAUAGCAUUCGUCGAAUUAGUGUUUGGGAACAAUUUUUUUCUUCAAAUUGUAUUAAUUCAAUAAAUAGUCUUCUUUAAUAUGAUCCAGAAAAGGCCAGCUGUUUGUUAUCUCGUUAAGUUUGAUUUACGUAUUUUAAAUCAUACGAAAUGAAUGGGUUUACAAAACACUGUAUAUUCUUAUGCUAAAAGAAUUCAUUAGAAUUAUCAAAAAAUGUUAUAUAGGAUUUGAGGUUCUCACAGCGGUGGCUAUGAAGAGUUUUAACUUCUGGGAAAGCAGGUCCAAGCAGAGCAGAGCUUUCACGCUGUUUUCUUGUUUGCUUUUUCUUUGACCCUGAAGUUAGAUGCGACAUGUUCCUCCGAAACGUCUGUAUACGGUGUUAUAUCCUAGACAACAGAGCCCUUCAAAUUUGUAUAUGAUCUCAGAAAAUAGUUGAAGAAUGCUGUUGUAACAGACUAGGGACUGCAUCUGCACCAUACCAAAACUUCUUUGGUGUUUCCCGUGAAAUUCAUUUAAACACUUUAUGAGGGGUAUUUCUAUGUGCCAUUCAUGUUUUCAAGUGUACAGCACAUGGUAAUGUGGAGUGUGAUUGGUUAUGUUGUACUUAUUUCUCAUGAUGCAUUGUAAUGUGGGAUAAAUAUCAGGAAAGUAGUACUGCUUGUUGAAGUGGUCUGUGAAACAGAUCUGCACAUUUCAGAGUGGCUUCGAAUACACACAGACUAUGAUCCAUUAUACAGAAGCUAUAUAUUAUACGAAUUAAUGGGGAUCAGUCUGAACCUUCAUGUUGAAGGCUACAUCAUUUUUGUAAUGAUUAGCCUAAAUAUUUUAAAGAACAUGAUCAGUGUGAGAAAUAAAGCACAAUAUUACAAUUUGCAACAGAGGUCAUCACAUUAUCAAUUGAUAUUACUAAAAGACCUAUAGAUAGAACAGUUACUCAGUAUAAGAGAAGGCAAUAUUCCCUCAUGAUGGAUGUCAUAUUUUAAUUACACUGUAAACACUGUUCAUGGUCUUUAAAUGGUCUGUGAAUACAUAUUUCUCAUAUUUGUGUAAACUGGAAUGCAUUGGCUUAAUGGAUACAAAUGUUCUAAAAAUUUUAGUUAAUGCUGUCUCGUUGCUACUUUUCUUUCCAAAUGAAGAUAGAAUCAGGUAUGUACUUUUCAGAAUAAUCGUUCCUGGAAUAAAAAGCAAAUUUCUCUUUCAAACUAUCAUUAUAAUUUGAAGUCAACAUUACACUUCAGUGACAGAAAAGUAUUCAUGGUAGUGAAGAUCGAAUUCUGCACCCUAAUAAUGAUUAUUAACGUUUCUUGUGAUUAAUGUCUUAUCAGAUUUUUUUUCCAAGUAAGAAACAUGCUGCUAUGAUGGAUUUUAAUGAAUAGAAACUUGUAACAUGAUCCCCACACGUAUGUAGUCCAGCAGAGGUCGCCCAUAACCUUAUAAGAGACAGCUGAUGUUGCCACUAACGGUGAACUUACUAAAUACAGACGUUAUGAAACAAGAAAUAAACAAUACUGAUUGUGUUGUGUAAGUUAUCGCUAGGGGCAGCACCAGUAUCCUACCAUGUAGCAGCAAAUUUUGCACAUUGUUAGGCCUUGUGAUUUCAGGAGGCCAUGACUGAGUGGCUGUUGAUAAUUUUUUAAAUUAAAUAAUUGAAACUUAUUAAAAUGGUUGUUGUGAGUUUAAAAAUAAUGCAAGUGUGUUAAUUAUUACUGGUAUUGAAUGACGGACACAAAUUGCAAGAGAACAUCACUUAGGAGAUAUAAUCAGAGAAUUUCAAGGUCAUGUUACUACGCUCAUUAUACAAGAGAAUUGACAAAAGAAUUGAUUAACGUCAAAGGCAUCUAUGAAAGAAAGACAUUUACAUGUAUAGUAAGACAUUGAGCAUCAUGUGAUAUUUGAGAUUGCCAUGGAUUCGUAAAGCCUUAUUAGACAAAAUGAAGAUGCAUUUUAAAUCUUGAGUAAAGAACAAGUGUCUUGUUUUGACGGUAGAUGGACUGCCACAAUGUUUCCAGUAUUACAUAUAAAGAUGAGAGGUUUGAUAUUAUAGAAUUCGUGCCAACAUUACGGCACGGAUCAAGAUUACAGUUUGGCUGUAAAUCCUUGAGGAAUCUCUGAAUACAUCUCCUUUGAAAUGCACCUUACACUUUAAAUAUUUCCAGAUCAUUUCUCCUCAUUACACAAUAUAUAAAGAAGACAAGUCUUUUUAAAUGUUUUAGUCCUUCCAACAAUUUUUAGGUCACCAACUUGUAAACUAUUUUAUGAACAAAUAUAAAAGUGAUUUUGUGGCCAAAAUCUGCGAAAAAAAUUCAAUGUUGUGUUGUUGAAACAUAAACAACUUUUUUAGUGUGGAAAAGUGUGCAUAAGAUUUAUCUUAAAAUAAUAUUGUAUUAUCUAAAGGGUCCCCUCAGUCUGUGUAGUCACACUCAGCCUGUGAAUUAAUAUUAUAAUAUGUUUAUGUAAAAUUGCAUAAAUCGAGAUGAAAAACAGCA